CCCAACUGAUUACCGACGACACCGACGGACUUUCGCCGAUCGGAAUUUCCAAGGAGAUGCGCCAAUCGUUUUUGGAGUACGCCAUGUCAGUCAUCGUGGCUCGGGCUCUGCCCGACGCUCGCGACGGACUUAAGCCGGUUCACCGCCGCAUUCUUUACGGUCUCCACGAACUCGGCCUUUUACCUAACGUCGCCUACAAAAAAUCAGCCCGGAUCGUCGGAGACGUGCUUGGUAAGUACCACCCGCACGGCGACAGCCCCGUUUACGAAGCGAUGGUCCGGAUGGCGCAAGACUUUUCAAUGCGCUACCUACUGGUUGACGGACACGGUAACUUCGGUUCCAUCGACGGCGACCCAGCCGCAGCGAUGCGUUACACCGAAGCGCGCAUGUCCAAACACGCUGCUCUGAUGCUCGACGGAAUUAGAAAAGAAACGGUUGACUUUGUUGACAACUACGAUUCUUCCGAAAAAGAACCGGCUGUUUUGCCGGCUCGUUUUCCGAACCUACUCGCUAACGGCGCGACGGGGAUCGCGGUCGGAAUGGCGACUAACAUCCCGCCCCACAACUUAAGCGAAACGAUUGAAGCGCUUGUCAUGUUGGCCGAAAACCCCGACGCUAGCACCGAGGAUCUCAUGCAAGUUUUACCGGCGCCCGACUUUCCAACCGGCGGCAUUAUUACCGGCGUGCACGGACUGCGCCAAGCUUACCAAACUGGCCGCGGAUCGGUCUGCAUUCGUUCUAAAACCGAAAUUGAAACGCUUAAAAACGGCAAACACCGGAUCAUCGUCACCGAAAUUCCCUACCUUGUUAACAAAGCCCACCUAGUCGAAAGAAUCGCCGAACUGGUUAAAAAUAAAGCUCUUGAGGGCAUCACCGAUUUGCGCGACGAGACUUCUCGCCACGGAAUGCGGAUUGUGAUCGAACUUAGACGCGAUGUCGUGCCCGAGGUCGUCCGCAACCACCUUUUCAAAAUGACUAAUUUGCAAACUAACUUCAGCAUCAACAUGCUCGCUCUCGUGGGCGGCCAGCCCCAAACGCUCGGACUAAGAGACUUACUGAGCGUUUACUUGGAGCACCAAGUUGAGGUGCUGACCCGCCGGACAACUUACGAUUUAAACAAAGCCGAAAGUCGCGCCCACGUUUUAAAAGGUCUUAAAGUUGCCGUUGAAAACAUUGACGCCGUGAUCCAAAUCAUCAAAAAAGCCGAACACGACCAGGCGGCGCAAACCAAUUUGCAAACUCGCUUUAAUUUGACACCCGAACAAACUAAAGCGAUCAUCGACAUGCGCCUGGGACGACUGACUAGUCUAGCGACUGAAAAAAUGCGCGAAGAGUUGGCCGAUUUAGAAAAGCAAAUUACCGAACUAAAAGCAAUUUUGGCCGAUAAAAACUUGCUGAUUCAAACGAUUAUCAGCGAACUAAGGGAAAUUCAAACUAAGUACAGCGACGUCCGUCGCAGUCAAAUCGUGGAAGGACUAAUUGCCAUUGAUGACGAAGACUUAAUUCCCCAAAAAGACAUCGCCAUUACCAUGAGCGCCAAAGGCUACGUCAAAAGAGUGCCGCUCGAACAGUUUCAAAUCCAGCGCCGGGGCGGUGUCGGAGCGCGCUCAAUGAGCACUUACGAAGACGACAGUGUCGACGCAAUUUUGACCACUUCAACCCACACCGACUUACUAAUUUUUACCUCGGUUGGCAAAGUCUACCGCAUCCGAGCUCACCAAGUACCCGAGUCUUCCAAACAAGCCAAGGGAACGCCGUUUGUAAACGUGAUUCCUGAUCUAGACAAAAACGAGAAAGUCGUCUCUCUGCUCAGUCUCAACCAGUACCAAAAAGAGCACUACCUUUUAACUGCCACCCAGCAAGGAGUGGUUAAGCGCACCUCGCUCAGCGAGUACGCGCGGAUUAACCGUAACGGUAAAAAAGCGCUCGGACUGCGCGAAGAAGACGUGUUAGUGCGCGCGCUAAUCGUCAAAGAAGGCGACCAAAUCGUGCUUGGUUCUUCCGGCGGUCGGGUGGCUCGCUUUGGAGUCGAGCAAAUUCGUCCGAUGGGUCGCGGUGCGGCCGGAGUGCGCGGCAUUAAACUGAACUUGGCGGCCGGCGAAAAACUAGUCGGCCUGUCUUACUCGCGCCACGCGGAUGACAAACUGCUCGCAAUCGGUGAGCACGGGUUUGGAAAACUGACUCCGAUUGACCAGUACCGGCAAACUAACCGCGGCGCCAAGGGUGUGAUUAGUCUUAACACAGCUAAAGCCGGUCAGCUGCGGUUUGUGCGGAUUGUCAAAGGUUACGAAGACUUGCUAGUGACCACCAAAAAAGGCAUCACCAUUCGCACGGCGCUUGACCAAGUCAGCGUCAGCGGGAGAGCGACCAAGGGCGUUAAAAUAAUUACGCUGGGAGCAAACAACGCCAUCCAAUCGCUGUCUGUCAUUGACAGCGCUAAGAUCGAGCAAAAAGUUGAGGAAGCAAUCCGGAAAACCCAGGAAAUCCAACUCGCCCAAACAAAGACUUUCAGUCUUAAUCCAAAACCAUCCUAA